UUCAACCGUGGUUUCAUGUUUCUUGCACCUUUCCCUGCGUAUACUGUGCUCCAAAAUCAAGACGUGAAGAAGCAAGAAAAGACACUAGGUGUCGCUGGUCUUUCUGGGAGACGUAUUCAAGGGCACUUCGCCUGGACGCUCCAUUUGGUGGCCAGGGACCGCACGCUACCCAGGUCCCUCCAGCCUGAGGCAUCCGGGCCUGGCACCGGAAUCUGCACUUUAAAUGCCUUGGAAGAGCCAGGCCGCUGGCCAUUUGGGGGUGCCAGCUGCGAUUCCUGCUUUCUGAGCCAGCGGAGGGGCCCCUUCGGGCUAAGAGAAGAUCACAGUGGAAGGCCCUCGGGGGGCGGUCCCCACACCAGACUCACCUUCAGAUUCCAGACAUCGGAGCCCCCCGCCCCCCGCCCCGGUAAUCCCAGCCUCCCAGGUUCACAGACGAGCUUGCUGGGGCUUGGACGUGCUGUGUGGCUUCCUAGUGACAGGGGGCAGCUGGCCGCUGAGCGCUCCGGAGGCGCGUCCUCCCAGGUAACCUCCGCUCCGUCUCGCAUCUUAGUCUUGUUCCAGAGCUCCCCGGCCCACCUGCCACAGCUCGGGGACCAGCGGUCUUGUUCCAGAGCUCCCUGGCCCACCUGCCACAGCUCGGGGACCAGCUCAGGGGCCAGCACGGGGGUGAUGAGGACUGGCCAGAGCCCGGAACCCAGGGGAGGCAGCUCCGUGGGCCAGGCGGGGUGCAGCGGGCAGCUGCUCCGGGGCCAGAGGCUCCCCUUCUUCCAGGAAGCAGGUCACCCCGAUGCUGGUGGAGUCGUGCCACUCUUUGCCGUCCUGUGGAUGCCCUACCGCACACUGGUGCUCCUCUACUCCUUUGUGGCCUGGCCUUUCUUGGACCCCUGGGGGCUCCUCUUGUGCCGCACCUGUGUCUACACCAACAGCGCCAUCAGCCCCGUCAUCUACAGCCUCACGUCCCCGAAGUUCCGGCUGCCUUCCAGCGGCUGUGCAGGGGUGGGAUGGAGGAGCCAGAGAGGCGCACGGCUGGCCUCAGCUCCACCAGCUACGGCGUGGACCCCAGAAGACGCAGACCCGCGGGAGUGAGGUCACGGGCCCUCAGGCAGCUGGGCCCCCACUCCAGGAGCAGGGGCCUGGUUUCAGCACCGUCUGAGGGCUGCCCUCCCCCUGCCCAGCCCCUCUCGCCUCCCUUGGUUUGCUCCUGUGCUGGGUCCUGUCCUCUGGUGGCUGGCAGGGCCAGGAGAGGGGAGACACUCCUUUGCCAACGGCUCUUCUGGGUCCCCGGUGCCUUCCCUCCCCAUGAACGAGGACUGGUCACGUGUCCUAGUUCUGGCCCGGUGGCUGGACUCCAUUUGGGUAGCUCCCUCCCCUCCUCUGGGAGUGGGGGGGGAGUAGGAGCAGGAAGAAGCUGGGAGGGUGCCAGCCUUCACUGGUGUAAAGUUGGGACCUUCCAUCUGUUAUUAUUCAUUCGUUUAAGCACUCUGUUUUCCACCUGAUGGGUAUUACAGCAAUGCAUUUCCAGUC